AUGCGUGACGUACUGCGGUUCCUUUCAAAGUUCAUCCUCGCCGCUCGACCUAUCAGCACUAUGACUGAGGCAUUCGCCGUUGUUGGAUUCGCUACUGCUCUCCUCCAGCUUGUUGAAUUUGGUACCAAGAUCGUCAGGCGGCUGCGGGAAAUCGAAGACUGCACAUCAGAGGGUGCAGCUUACUUUAAAGGUUUACGCAUUCGAUUUCCCUUCAUGCUAGACCUUGUCAGAAAAAUCAUGCUACAAAUGGAAGCUGGCGUUGUCAGCGAUAAGUCCAAAGAAAUCAUGUACCCUGUGGUACAAAACUGCAUCACGCAGGCCCAACAACUCGAUAAACUCAUCAGCAGGAGUUUGCCUCUUCCGAAAGACAACUCUUGGAUGCGAGGGAAGAAAGCUGUCUAUGGAGUUUGGUCUGAGUCUGAGAUUGAGCGAAUCGAUGCCUCGUUAAAAUCAGACCUUGAACUACUAAUGCAAGCGGGCACAUUCCAGAAGGUCAAUCGCUCAGAGCAUUCUGAAGCUGUAACUUUCGCGCCAACUUUUAGCAUUGCACCAAAUAUCCAGCUUACGUUAUCGCAGCAGCAGAGUCAGUCUGCACCAUUGCCGUGGGAAGAGCUCGAGAGACAAGUUCACCCUACGCAAUCGAUAUUUAUGGUUCCAUUUUCACGAGAUUCUAAUUUUCUGGGUAGGCAGGACGUAAUUGAUGUCGUGUCUGAGAAGUUCAAGAAGUGCCAGUCAGUGACACUCUCAGGCUUAGGUGGAAUCGGCAAAUCGCAGAUCGCCAUAGAAUACUGCUAUGUUUUCAGAGACACACGCCCAUCUGCCCAGGUCUUCUGGGUGCAUGGAACCGACCCAGUUCACUUCGAACAAGGUUAUCAGGAAAUCGCCAGGAAAGCUCGCAUUCCCGGCUGGGAUGAUUUGAAAAAAGAGAAGCUGAAGCUCGUGCAGGAGUGGCUUCAGGACGAAAACACCGCAGAAUGGCUCUUGGUUGUGGAUAAUGCCGACGACGCGACCAUGUUCUACAGCAAAAGAUCAAGCGAGCUUGGCAGACUUCAGAACGGUUCAAACUCACUUGCUCGGUUCUUGCCACAUUGCUCCCACGGCCGUGUGCUCAUAACCACAAGGGAUAGAAGGCUCGGAGAAAGAAUCUCGCAAAGACAAGGGAUCAUCCAGAUUGCGCCGCUUAGCGCAGAAAAUUCAAAUAACCUUCUACGCUCCAAGAUUUCGGAAGAGAAUUGGUCCGAAGAUGAUGCGCUGAAGCUUGUGGAAUACCUUUCUUCUCUACCAUUGGCCAUUACCCAAGCAGCAGCUUUCAUUAGCGAAAACAGUGUUACAGUCUCGGAAUACCUAGAGAUGUUAGUAAAUGACGAGGAAGACUUGAAAGAGCUUCUAGAUGAACACCUUGAGGACCCACGACGGGAUUGGAGAUCAGAGAACUCCGUGAUCAGGACUUGGAAAUUGACUUUCGAACAGAUUUCAAAGGAGUCCCCCCGUGCCGCGGAGCUACUAUCGCAUUUAGCGACUCUUAAUUUCUACGAAGUUCCCCGGUUGCUCUUGCGCAAUGAUAAAGAAACUGAGAUCGGGUUCCGGACUGCUCUUGGCGUUCUCCAGGCAUUCUCCUUAAUUACGGCGACGAGAGGUCAAAAUCCAAUAUGUAACAUGCAUCGACUAGUCGCUCUUGCAACACAAAGAUGGCUGGAACUUCGUGGAACUCUUGAGUAUUGGCAAAGCCGGGCUCUCAGCACUGUGGGACGAAGGUUUCCUGGCCCGGGACAACAGCACUUUAGAGAGUUCACAAAUAUGAUCGCACUGAUGCCCCAUGCCCAGGUGGUAUUAGGCUAUCAAUUCACUUCAACCAAUGACAUGUUAGCGUGUGCAAAGCUUCUCAUAUCGACAGCACUUUUUGAUCUUUCCAGGGGUGAAUAUCAACAGGCCUCUGACAAGUGCGAACGCUCUCUAAAGAUACGUGAAAGCUUACUUCCUCCGGAUCACCCCGAAACACUAGAGAGCGUCCAGACGUUGGGUGAAACUCUCUUGCAUCUUGGAGAAUUCGGCACGGCCAAAACCCUACUACAAAGAGCGAUCGUGGGCAGAGAAAAGAGCCUAGGUCCGCUCCAUGUCGAUACGCUGGACAGUCUGAGUGAUAUCACCAUCACUUAUUUGGAGCUAGAUGAUCUGGAGUCAGCAGAGACUACCGGUCGAAAAGCUUUGGAGAGAAGGGAAAAGGUCCUUGGGUGUGAUCAUCCUGAGUAUUUGGUCAGUCUGAAUAUUAUGGCCAUUUUGUACCAGCUCAAAGGAGAUUAUCUACAUGCGCUGGAAACGACGGAGAGGGUGUUUAAAGAAAGAGAAAGAUUGAUCGGGUCUGAAUGUCCAAACACAGUGACAACUCUCAACAACCUCGCUUGUUUAAAGUAUCGGAUGGGAGAUCUGAACUCGGCGAACCAAUUGCUUGAUAGAGUCCUCGAGUGCGAGCGGUCAGCUCUUGCGGGGAACACAUAUGACCUCCAGGUCAGCUUAAGCAACAAAGCUGCUGUACUGGCCGCGCAAAACCGCUUUCAAGAGGCAAAAAGCGUGCUCGGAGACGUUCUCCGAAUGCGAGAGAGCACCUUGGGCCCAUCUCAUGCUUUGACGCUAUUCACCAUGGAAGCUUUAGCUGAUGUCCUUGGAGCUGGGGAUGAUGCCGAAGCUGCAAUGAAGCUACGUGCAAAGGUCGGGGAGGACGGUACUACGAGACAAUCGCUGCCAGGAGUAGGUGUCCUUCUCCGGGCAGGGCUCCUCUUUGACUAG